AUGGAACCUACCCAAUUGAUUUCUCAAGAGUGGGAUUUUCUUAGUGGACAGUUCACAGCUGAGGAAGCUGAUUUCAUGACUCACUUCCUCGGUGGCAAUACCAACUAUUCUUAUUUUCCUGCUAAUAGUGCUAAUAUAUUUUCCACCACAACAAACAUUGAUUCCUUGGGAGAAGAUGCUAAAUUUAGUCCACAAUAUUUGGAUGAUAGUUUUAGCAAUCAGAUAAGUUAUGAAUGCAUUGAUCUUGAAUGGUCAGGUUUAGAGCCAGGGAAUCUGGUUCCUGCUCUUGGCAACAGCUUGCAAGCUAAGAGGGAGCAUGAAAUGAAUUUUGUUUCUGAAUCUCCUUCGGGAGAGGAUAGAACCAAAAACAUGGAGAAUCCUGCAAAGAGAUUUAGGAGCUCGAAUGAUUCGAUGGAGCUAAAUGAUGGAACAUGUCCAAGUAUAAGCCCAAAAGAACAUGAAGUGUCGAACGCAAAUUUAUGUAGAAAAUCAAGAGCGAGAAAUGGUCCUGCUACUGAUUCUCAAAGCAUUUAUGCAAGAAGGAGAAGAGAAAGAAUUAAUGAAAGAUUGAGAAUCUUGCAGACCCUUGUCCCAAAUGGAACUAAGGUGGACAUUAGCACCAUGCUUGAGGAAGCUGUUCAAUAUGUCAAGUUUUUGCAGCUUCAAAUAAAGAUUCUGAGUUCUGAUGAUACGUGGAUGUAUGCUCCAAUAGCUUACAAUGGAAUCAACAUUGGAUUAGACCUCACUUUUUCUUAA